CUCCGCAGCGCCGGGGCUCGGCGGGCAGCAACUUUCUCCCCGGAGCGGCCGCGGCGGCGGCGGCUGCUGCCGUGGCAGUCGGAGCGGGAGCCGGGAGGAGGAAGGCGGCGGCAGCGGUUCCUUGUGCCCGCUCGGGCUGUCUAGCCCUCCGAGACCGCCGGCCCGCGGAGCCUCGUCCCCCCGGGCAGCCCCGGGCCCCUGCCCUAUGUCCCGCAAGGCAAGCGAGAAUGUGGAGUACACGCUGCGGAGCCUGAGCAGCCUCAUGGGCGAACGGCGCAGGAAGCAGCAGGAGCCGGACGCGGCGAGCACGGCUGGGGAGCGCAGCCUCCUGGCGGCCGCCGAGUCCAGCGCCAGCCUGCAGGGCUCGGGCGGCGGCGGCGGCGUCGGGGACCUGGAGCGCGCGGCGCGGAGGCAGUUCCAGCAGGACGAGACCCCCGCCUUCGUGUACGUGGUGGCAGUCUUCUCCGCGCUGGGCGGCUUCCUGUUCGGCUAUGACACCGGGGUGGUGUCGGGGGCCAUGCUGCUGCUCAAGCGGCAGCUCAGCCUGGACGCGCUGUGGCAGGAGCUGCUCGUGUCCAGCACGGUGGGGGCGGCCGCAGUCUCGGCGCUGGCUGGCGGGGCCCUCAACGGCGUCUUCGGCCGCCGCGCCGCCAUCCUGCUGGCCAGUGCCCUCUUCACCGCCGGCUCCACGGUGCUGGCUGCGGCGAACAACAAGGAGACGCUGCUCGCCGGCCGCCUGGUUGUAGGGCUCGGCAUCGGCAUUGCUUCUAUGACAGUGCCAGUGUACAUCGCUGAGGUCUCACCCCCCAAUUUAAGAGGUCGAUUAGUCACCAUUAAUACCCUCUUCAUCACGGGAGGGCAGUUCUUUGCAAGUGUUGUCGAUGGAGCCUUCAGUUAUCUCCAGAAAGAUGGAUGGAGGUACAUGCUGGGACUUGCAGCAAUUCCAGCAGUUAUACAGUUUUUUGGCUUUCUCUUUUUACCUGAAAGCCCUCGAUGGCUUAUUCAGAAAGGACAGACUCAGAAGGCCCGUAGAAUUUUAUCUCAGAUGCGUGGUAACCAGACCAUUGAUGAGGAGUAUGAUAGCAUCAAAAACAACAUUGAAGAAGAGGAAAAAGAGGUUGGCUCAGCUGGACCUGUGAUCUGCAGAAUGCUGAGUUAUCCCCCAACUCGCCGAGCUUUAAUUGUGGGUUGUGGCCUACAAAUGUUCCAACAGCUCUCAGGCAUUAACACCAUCAUGUACUACAGUGCAACCAUUCUGCAGAUGUCUGGUGUUGAAGAUGACAGACUUGCAAUAUGGCUGGCUUCAGUUACAGCCUUCACAAAUUUCAUUUUCACACUUGUGGGUGUCUGGCUUGUUGAGAAAGUGGGUCGCAGAAAGCUUACGUUUGGUAGUUUAGCAGGUACCACCGUAGCACUCAUUAUUCUUGCUUUGGGAUUUCUGCUAUCAGCCCAGGUUUCUCCACCCAUCACUUUUAAUCCAAUAGCUCCUUUAGAUCAGAACACUUCUUGCACAAGAUACAGUUACUGUAAUGAAUGUAUGUUGGAUCCAGACUGCGGUUUCUGCUAUAAGAUGAAUAAAUCAGCCGUCAGUGACUCCUCCUGUGUUCCAGUUAAUAAAGCAUCUACAAACGAGGCAGCCUGGGGCAGGUGUGAAAAUGAAACCAAAUUCAAAACAGAAGAAGUAUUUUGGGCUUACAAUUUCUGCCCUACUCCAUACUCCUGGACUGCACUUCUGGGCCUUAUUUUAUAUCUUGUUUUCUUCGCACCUGGAAUGGGACCAAUGCCUUGGACUGUGAAUUCUGAAAUAUAUCCCCUUUGGGCAAGAAGUACAGGAAAUGCAUGUUCAUCUGGAAUAAAUUGGAUUUUCAAUGUUCUGGUUUCAUUGACAUUUUUACACACAGCAGAGUAUCUUACAUACUAUGGAGCCUUCUUCCUCUAUGCUGGAUUCGCUGCUGUGGGUCUCCUUUUCAUCUACGGCUGUCUUCCUGAGACCAAAGGGAAAAAAUUAGAGGAAAUUGAAUCACUCUUUGACAACAGGCUAUGUACAUGUGGUGCUUCAGAUUCUGAUGAAGGGAGAUAUAUUGAAUAUAUUCGGGUGAAGGGAAGUAACUAUCAUCUUUCUGACAAUGACGCUUCUGAUGUGGAAUAAUUGUCAGCUGCUGAUAUAUUUAGUAAUUUAAACAAACUUGGGAGAGAAGAACAGCAAUUGGUGACCUCACUGCCCUGCUUUUAAUCUGGUUCUUUCCACAGU